GAGACUCGGCCUGGUCACGUGACCCAGUCCCAGCUUUGCACAGGGAUGGAGCCGGAAGAGGGGACGCCCCUGUGGCGGCUGCAGAAGCUGCCCCCAGAGCGGGGCGCGCAGGAUCAAGAAAAUCAAGUAACUCUUGGGUGGUUUUACAAAUGAAGAAACUGAAAUGUCAACAGAGGAUUUUAGCAAUUUUUCCAAGAUUGUUCAGCCAGUAAAUGCUCCUAUCCUGUUAUUGAACAUGUAAAUUAGUUGCUUCCCAUUGAAUGUUGAGCACAGAUGGCAGCCUGGACUCUUCUGCAUUGUGUUUGCUUGUGAUGGCAAAUGCCUUUCUUGUUUCUGCUUGCCUGGCCACCUGCUCAUCUUUACUCAGCCAUAAAAGAAGAAUGAAAGUAUGGCAUUUGCCGCUACUUCACAAAAUAAUUGAUGGCUUCUGUGGUCGAGCUUAUCCUCUCUACCAGGACUACCACAGUGUUUGGGAUUCAACAGAAUGGAUGAAUGUUUUAGAAGAUGUUACCAAAUUUUUUAAAGCUCUUGUUGGUAAAAAUUUAUCUGAUGAAGAGACACUUCAGCAAUUGAAUCAUUUGAAUUCAUCUCAUCAAGAAGCUAUCAUGAAAUGCUUGAAAAGUAGGAAAAAUGAAAUCAAGCAAGUUCUUUUAAGAGAAAUAGUUGAUAUUUCUUCUGCCCAGUUACAGGAUUUUGAUUGGCAGUUAAAGCUUGCACUUUCUAGUGACAAGAUUGCUACUUUACAAAUGCCACUCUUAAACCUUCAUCUAGAUGUAAAAGAAAAUGGUGAAGUAAAACCAUAUUCGGUUGAAAUGAGUAAAGAAGAGCUGCAGAAUCUAAUAAAUUCCUUGGAAGCAGCUAAUAAGGUGGUCCUGCAGUUGAAAUAACAGGAAAUAAUGGCUACCAAAGCUAUCAGAUGUCACUGCAACACUUGAUAUGGGAGAGUGAAUGCUGUGUGUUCAAGACCCCUGAGAUGUAUUGACUCUACACCAGGCUGAGAGGGCAGCAGAGCUGAGAUUUGAAAGAUAAAAGUCUACCAGCCUCCCUAAGAACAGGAAAUUACUUGGUAGAUAGGAAAUAGACAAAAUGAAAGAUGAAAAAGAUGUAGUUGCAGUUUAUAUUUUCAUAAUGAUUGUUUUGUCUCAUUUAUUAAGUAUUUGAGAAAUUUGUGUAGAUAAAAUUUUAUUGAAAGGUAAAAAUAGCUUAUAAAGUAAUGUAAACAUGCAGAAGCACAAACAUACUUGAAUAUUGCUUAAAAAUUAUGUGACUAGAAAGACAUGUAUUAUGGAUAUAUAAUUAAUUUGUGAUAUUUAAGAAUAACUUUUUAAAAGAAUGUAUAAGCUGCAUUUAUAACUCAGGAGAUUUCAUAUCUUUCUCAUAUUUCAAAGAAAAGAUUAUAAAAUAUAAAAUUUCUUAGAGAAAGGGUCUUUAUCAGACAUGAAAAAACAAAAUAAUUCAAAAUUUAUGUGAGUUUAUAGAUUCUAUGAAUUAAAUCUGGAACACACAGAAAUGAAAAUAACAUUACUAUUUCUGCAUUUCCAUGUCUGGUUGGGAGACUAUGUUCUGAUUAGAUGUCAUUGUGUAGUGUAUAUAUUGUUAUUGGGGUAUCAGGUAAGACUAUCUACAGGUCCCGUUUUGUUAUAAAUUCUUAAUAAUGAACUUAACACUUUUGGAUGUUACAAAUACAGUGGAAAACAGAAAAUUUUUAACCUCAGCUAACUUUAAAAAUAAGUAUUCUGAACAAAUAAAAAGUGUCAUAUUUCAUUUUUAUGUA